AUGUUUAACUUAAGAACUUGGUUGAGAAAAUCCAAUAAGAAUACCUUUUUAAUUAGAGGUAAUUUUGUUUGUGGCUAUUGGAAGGGUUGUGAGUUUGAUUAUUUUGAUAUUAUUGGAUUGAAUUUGGAUAGGGCAUAACAAUUUAAUCACAAACAGAAGAAAGAACACCAUGAAAUGAAGAAAUUUUAUGGUCAUGAUGGACUUGUUUCAUCAGUUUGUUUAUCUCGUGAAGGUAAAACUUUAGCAUCUGGCGUAGGUAGUAUUUUUAGAGGUAGUGAUAAGUCUAUCCGUCUAUGGGAUGUCAAAACAGGAUAAUAAAAAGCCAAAUUAGAUGGUCAUACUAGUACUGUCAACUCAGUCUGUUUCUCUCCUGA